AUGGCCUCCGCGGAGGUGAUACGGAUUAGCGAGUGCAAGGCGGCAGUCGUCGCAAGGCUUCGGAAUCUCGACGCCGCGGAAUGGGGAAUGCUGUGGGAGAACGCGGCGGCGGCGGACGAGGAGCCGUUGGAGCAAGUGCCGCACAGCGCGCCGUUCGCUCUUUCAAGCCCCAUGGCAGGGGCUGCAGGGUCGAUCAGCGCGAGACGCAGCUGGCCGUGGCGCGAGAAGAUGAGGUCGUUCGGCCGGCAAUUGAUGCCGCGGCGCGGCAGCUGCGACGACCUGAACGUCGCAAUGACGGCAGCUUCUGUAACGCCGGCGAAGCGAGCGAAAUCGUUCCCAGAGUCUAAGGAGCGCGGCAACGAGAUGGGCCCGAGGGGUGCGCGGUCGCGCGCGGACAGGCGGGGGGUGUGGCGGAGCGUGUACGAACCGAGGUGGCUGGAGGAGGGGCUGGCGGAAGCCUCUGGGGAAGCUGAACGGCGCCCGCACGGCACGAUUCGCGACGAAAUGGGAGUUCGCGACGACACGGCACAGCGCGCGGCGGAUGCAGGGGCUGUUGCGGGCAGGGAGGAUUCGGUGCGCUACCAGCUGCUGCGACACAACUCUCUUCCCUCCCUACCGACGGCUGCAGAAUCGGCGACUAUUCGCCUGCCGCUUCCGCUGACAGCAGCGGCGGGAGGCGGAGCAGCGGCGCAAAGCGCGCGGAUGGGCGCACGUCGCGAAGAAGGCCCGCGGAAGGGCUGA